AUGGCGGCCCAACUGGAGACGGUUGUUCUUAUCGGUUAUGCCUGGAACGAGGCAGUCGGCCAGGACUUCAACUCCCACAAUGCCUCGCGGAAACCGCUGCACGGCGACGUCACUUCCGGCGGUGUUGUUGGCGGGCAGAGCAGCCAUUGUGUGAUCCAGCGAGGGAAGCUGAAACUCGGUCCCAGCUACCUGAUCGGCCCUCGGCAGCGGCUCCCCUUCUCGCUGGCUGGUGCAUCUUUGUCCGGGCUUUCGUCCGCAACACACACGUCCAAGCCCAGCCGCGGCGGUGUACACCCGGGCCUACCGUUAGCCCCACACAGCCGCUCCGGAGCACGUUUCUUUGUAAAGAGGCCCUCAGCAGCAGUCAAGCUGGCGACCGCCACGGGUAAGAAGGGGAAGAAGGCUGAGGAGGAGGAGCAGCCUGCGGCGGCGGCGGCGGCGGAGGCGGCGGCAGCGGCGACGGCGGCGGGAGUGGAAGAGGAGGAGGAGGAGGAGUAUGUGGUGGAGAAGGUGCUGGACCGCCGCGUGGUGAAGGGCCGAGUGGAGUUCCUGCUCAAAUGGAAAGGCUUCUCAGAUGAGGACAACACGUGGGAGCCCGAGGACAACUUGGACUGUCCCGACCUGAUCGCAGAAUUCAUGCAGAAACAGAAAGACAAGGAGGAGAAGAAGAAGGAGGGGAAGAGGAAAGCGGCCAGCGAGACGUCGGCCGACUCCGAGGAGAGAGGGAGCAAGAGGAAGAAGGAGGAGGGGGAGAAGGCCCGGGGGUUCGGCCGGGGGCUGCAGCCUGAGAGGAUCAUCGGGGCGACCGACUCCAGCGGGGAGCUCAUGUUCCUCAUGAAGUGGAAGAACUCGGACGAGGCCGACCUCGUCCCGGCCAAGGAGGCCAACGUCAAGUGUCCCCAGGUGGUCAUCUCCUUCUACGAGGAGCGCCUCACCUGGCACUCCUACCCGGCGGAGGAGGAGGAGAAGAAGGACGAGGAGAAGAAAGACUAGAGACGAGGUGGAGGAAGAGAGGGAAAGAGAGAAAGGAAGGGAGGGAGGGAGGGGGAGGCAGGGAGGGAAAUCGAACACACGCUGGUUUUCUGAGACAGCCGACUCUCGCAGCCACUGUGGCAGGUGACCGACCGUACCUCGGCGACUCUAGAAGAGAGAAAAAAAAAAAAAACAUGCAGGUAGGUGUUUGGAUUCAAGCUGCCAGAGUGGCUAAGAGAUUUAAAAAAAAAAAUAUUCUAAGUUAGGUUCCUAGCUUCUGGUUUAUAACAAAAAAAACAACAAAAAAAAAAACCUUCAGCCAUGUACUGUUGGGUUGAAGAGUGAGACAUACUGUAUUAUCAGCAGGGUGGUGAUGGACCGCCAGCCAGAUGUUGGUCACCUGUUGGCUGUGGUUUGUCCUUUAGUCUGUCCUGCCAGCCACGUCGUCAGCGAGCCGGCCGGGCGACGGGUUCGGGCGACACUUUGGGGCGAAGGUGAGACGCGUCUCUGCCGCUGUGGCUGGCAGGCGAACCGAUCAUACCUCGGCGUCGCUCGGUAGGAAAAAAAAGAAAACGCGCUCCACAAUGAACACAGCAGCUGGGUGUCACUGUCGACGGAGGAGGAGGUGAUGGUUGAGAUUGUGUUGAAAAUAAUCUUCACUCCCCCCCUUUUUUUGUUUUUUUUGUUUUUUUUGUUGUUGUUGUUGUUGUUUUAACUCGCGCACACACACAGACGCGCCCACCUGUGUGUCCUCUAGCUGUAUUAUUUUUAGCUUACAUCACCCGGGCGGCGUUCAAGACACAGCGGCGUUUCCCUUGAACAGGUGUUUGUCUCCUCCCGCCUGCAGACCUCUCACCCGUCGCGUCGUCGCCGUCACGUUUUUCCCUUCGUGAACAAAAAUUUUUAAAUGUUAGUCCCGAGCCUCGUGGUGUUAGGACCCGCCCCAUCGCUCCACGGCUUGCUUGCUCGUUUUUGCUGCGUCUCCCCAACGCUUUGUGUGUUCAAGGCAGCCCGGGUGUGCCUACUUCUGUGUAUACGGUAUUAAAAAGCUAGCCUAGUCGCCUCCUCUGUUACCAGACCUGGAUGUGUUAGCGGUUUAAAUCCCGCGUCGCUUUGGACGGACCUGGAGGGCAGAGAGCCGGGAUUUCAUCGGCGCUUCACGACAGAGUUUCAUUCCAAAAAUAAGACGCCAGGGAUCCAGUAUUUUUUUUUUUUUUUUCAAAUUUUGUAAAAUACACCGCACCUCCCUCUUAUUUCCAGUGGACGUUGUUGUUUUCCUGCCACUUUGACACAUCGGACUACUUUCCGUGAACUUUUACAGUAACAUGGUAUUAAAGACGCUGACCGUCUCGAGGGUUAGCGCGUAAAGCGGCGAGCCACGCGAGGUUCUAGUGUUUUGUUGUUUUUGUUUUUGUUUUUUUAAAUCAUGAGGUACAGAGCGGCAGCAGGAGGCAGCGUUUGCAGGUCAAAUUCCCCGGAAAAGGCUCCAGUCGACGGUUCUUUUCUUGACCCACGUGAAGUCAAAAGUGAUGCUACUCACUAAACUUUUAGCAGAACGAGCAGGAAACGGACAUUCCCGAGCCACCCCCGAAAAUCCCACCCACAUCCUUUUUUUUUUGUUUGUUUUUUUGUUUUUUUUUCUUCUUUUGCCUCCCCUCACAGCCUGAAGACGUAGAUUGUGUUUAGCUGCCGAAGUGCCUGGUAGAGUAGACUUGAGUUGCAUUUCAGUGUUGGGGGAGGAUUCGUUUUCCAGUUCCAAAAUAAAUAUUUAAAUCAUCACGACUCUCGUUUUUAGACGUUUUCUCACCGACGUAAAGACGGACACUGUGCUGACUUUAUGCUAGCUGUGCCAAUGCUGUUAUCCGGUUAGCUCCUCUGUGCAGGGUUAGCUAACCGGACCAAUGGGUUCAGUUGACGGACUCCUUCCACUGCUUGAUCCUGGGUCAUUUUUACAUGUCACUUUUUUUGGGAGAGAAAAAAAGAAAUCCCAUUUUCAUUUUUUUUUUAUUUUUAAACCUCUGGCUCUUAUUCCUUCACCUUGCACAAAUGUAUUAUACAUAGCUACUCUUGUGAUCUGAUUGGCUUCUGUCGAUUGUCUGUUUGGGUUGUGACAGAAGGGAUUUUGGCGUUAAUGUAACCCGGGUCUGCUAGUUAGCUUUUUUUUUUUUUUUUUUUCUAUCGUCUCUGAAUCCAUCCUCUCUGUAUUUAGCGGACUAGCCUGUGUUUUGUCCUGUUGCAUGCCUAUUGAUUUCCCCUGCUAAGUCACUGUAAUGGCCGACCUACUUUUAAUCGUUUGUGUUUUGGACAAUAAAGUUUUGUUUGUUUUUCGUA